ACAUCAUGUAGGUAAUAAGGCUAAAACCUUCGCGGAAACCGACACUCGCAAAAUUGGAAGAUGUCAUAAGUAUCUUGACGUGUAUUAUUAUUUUUUAUAUUUUUUCAUAAAUGUUUAAUUUUAUAGGCAUUAUACGCAAUGAUUUAUUUGACGAUUUUAUAGAAGUUUUAGAUUUUAUAUCGCUAGAGAGUCUCAGCUUAUAUGACAAAAUAACGGACAAUUUAAUCUUAAUACUACGAACACAAUUCAGUAAGCCUCGAUGCGGUGAUAAGUUUUUGGUUUAAAUUAGCCUAAGUUUAGCAUUUACAUACUAUAUAGCAGAAUCCAAACAUUCUAAAUUUUCGUCAAAAAAUCGUAAUUACAAAAAGAGAAAUAGAACGAGAAUAAAAUGGAAGACGAAACGACGACAGAAGGGACUGAGACUCCUACAGCUGCGGCAGGAGAUGUCGAAGAGGGUAAACACCAGACUGACACACAAGAUUCUAAGCGAGGAAGCGCGGAAGUCGCUCAGACAAAAAAGGAUCAUGAUCAGGAAAAACCAGCUGGGGAAGGUGAGCUUGCAGAUGUAUUGCAGCUUACAGAUGAUGAAACGAAAAGUGAAGCUGCUGAAGGAGGCGAAGUCGGAGAAACCGAUGAAGGUGCUACAGAAGACGUGGCUGGGGAACACGAAUUAGGGGAAUAUGGAGAAGAAUAUGAGGAAUAUUAUGUAGAGGAAGAAAUUAUUAUCGAAGAGCAAAUUGAGGAGGUUGCAGAAGGUGAAGAAAAAGCCCAUGUUGAAGGCGAAGAGGUCCCAGGUGAAGGUGCGGAAGAACAUGUAGAGGGUGAGGAAUCAGAAAAAAAAGAAGAAGACCUCAUGGAAGAGCUUGGUGAGGAAGAACAAGCUUACCCUGAGGAGCCUCCUCCAGAUCCUGCUGCACCCUAUAAUUUCAGUGACUCUAAAGAGGCUCUUAAAGCACCGUUUGAAUUAAGACCUGAUCAAUUGGCUGAAGUUGAGCAAAUAUGGGAAAUGUAUCAGAAUUACACGCCAGCUUAUUCUGAUUUGGAUGGAUGGGUCACUGAAAAAGAACUAGUUUAUAUGCUGAAUUGCCUUCUUCUUAUGACAUAUACAGCUGAACAACUACAAGAAUUAAUUACUUAUUGUUGUAGACCGCCAAAUGCAAAGGGGCAUAUUUUUUAUGAGCAGUUUCUAAAAAUGGUGACCAUCCGUCAAAGGGAUUUUCCAAUAGAAGAAGAAAUUCGAGCUGCUUUGCAAGUAUAUGAUCCUGAAAAGACGGGUAUAAUAGAUCGUGAUUAUCUUAAAGAACUUUUAAUGAAACAUGGACACAAAAUGGCUGCAAGACAUGUAGACAACCUUAUUAAAGAAGUUGAUAUGAGUAAUGAUGGUACUAUUGGUGUAGAAGACGUGGUUGGAACUAUGUGCUUGGAUUUAAAUAAAGAGGAUUUGCAAAUGCUUAGAGCAGCCGUGAAUCCUCCAGAUACGGGAGGUGUUCCUCAACAAGAAGCUGCAGAUGAAGAUGAGGAUGAUGACGAUGAUUAACUCUAUGCAUUCUUAAAUUGUAUACUUCAGCUUUUCACUAUUUCAACCUACUUAGUUCAUACCUUAUGCUCUACUUAGAUUAGCUUAAUUUAUUACCUAAGUCCUAAAAAUAGAACGUUUGGUACAAUUCUUAGCACUGCACAAAAAUUUGAUGUCAUUGUUAACUCAUUAACCAAUUUUCCAUUACAUUUAAUUAAUAAAGGUGGAUAUAAUAUACAAUCAAUAGAAAUAUUUAAAACAUGCAUUUAUGUAAUUUAAUCAUGUUUACUGUAACCUAAAGUUUCCUAAUAAUAUAAUAAAAGCAAUCCCAACAGCGAAC